CGCUGAACACCAACAACACAGUGGUGGCUUUGAACGCAGCUUGGAGUACGCGAACGCGUCGCGGGAAACUACAAAUCUCCCAGUGUCUGAAACACUCAUGACUCCACUGUAUUAAAAAUCCACCAAUGGAAAAGUUUGUGAUUCAGGAUCGGAACAAACGUCGCUGCACCAGUGACACUCCAGCAGGAAGUCCGAGAAAAAAGAUUAAACAGGAAAGAGACGAGAAAAUGAAGGAGGGAGACUCUGAAGAUGAUGAGGACGCAGCCUUUUCAGAGUUCUCCAAUCCCGUUCCCUGGCAAAAAAUAGAAGCAGAGGGACUAGACUGUGAUUAUGCACUGCUUUUCUCUAAAGAGGAGGCAGACCGCCUUUUUACACAGCUGGAGGAGGAGGUGGUGUAUGCAACAGGUGAAGAGUCAAAGGUCCAGGUGUACGGAAAGGUGUACAACAUACCGAGAAAGCAGGCCACGUAUGGAGACGCAGGCCUAACUUACACUUAUUCUGGGGUGAGGCGUAUAGCCUGCCCAUGGACUCCAACUUUGAAAUACAUUCGAGACACUGUCACUAAAACGACAGGACAGACAUUUAACUUUGUCUUGGUCAACAGGUACAAAGAUGGGCAGGAUCACAUGGGCGAGCACCGUGACGACGAGAAGGAGCUGGACCCCCGCUGUCCCAUCGCGUCGGUCUCUCUGGGAGCAGCGCGGGACUUCUUCUUUAAACACAGAGACUCGCGAGGAAAGCAGAGCCGCCGACAAAUUGAACCUGUGAAGCUGGAGCUCGCUCACGGAAGCCUGCUCCUCAUGAACCCGCCGACCAACACCUUCUGGUACCACAGCCUCCCUGUCCGCAAGAAGAUCCUCCUGCCUCGCAUUAACCUCACAUUCAGGCGCAUUCUGCUGGACAGCAAGCGUGAGAGCAAGCCAAAGCCGGGUGUAAGUUAGGGACAUGGCCAUGUGCACAGCCACUAACAGCACAGCUCCAUGUUAAGCAACUUGACAGUCUGGAGGAAGAGUGUCUUAUUUAUUUUUUUCAGUGAAUCAGCAUCUAACUUUACUCAACUCAUAUUCAUGUUUCUGUUCGAAAAG